AUGCAGGAUAUGUGCGGAAUUGUGGCGGAGUUGGCGCACGGCUAUGGCAAGUGGCAGAACACAGAGUGCAUGCAAAUGAAAGAUGAGCUCGUGGAGUUGGACGUGGACGGGGACGGGCGCAUCCCUUUGAAGGUUUUCUACGGCCAGCAGGACAACGCCAAGUACCAGUUCAGCGAGUCGGUGCAGUAUUUGCAGGAGAUCGGCGCCCUGGACGAGAGCGGGGAGAAGAAGGUGCGGAUCGCGAACUACCUGCAGGGCCCCUCGAACUGCAUUGCGUCGUCGUCCUACUACUCCAUCUGCUGCCUGAGCGAGUGCGAGGGCCUUGUGAACGAGCUGGAGGCCAAGGUUCAGGCGCCGGCUGCGGACGCCGCCUAUCUGUUGGAGCUCGUGGGGCACAUCUCCUCGGCCAGCGUGGACGCACCUCGUCAGCUUCCCUUUGGCUUGGAACGGCGGCUGCAGGACAUUGCGGACCACAACGGCGGCCAGGUGCCACUUCACGGCCGGCUCUUUGCAGAGUGGAUGCACUACGCCUUCCCGCACGAGUGCCCGUAUCCGAAAGUGUUCCAAGAGUCCAAGAUCUUGACACCGGAGUUCUGGGCGCAGAAGAAGAUGUCUGUGGAUGCUCAAGAGCGGCUUGAGAUUGCCUCGAGUGCCGUGCUCGAAAACACCACGGACUCGGACAGCGUCGCCGCAGAGUCCGAGGCAGAGAUUGCUUGGAGCAGCGAGGAGCUGCUGCACGCCCACGAGGCACCGGUGCGGAAGCACGGCAGCGCCCGCGCAGCGAUGCGCUGCACCAUGCAGCUGGCACUGCUCCUCGGCGUCCUCCGUGCCGCAGCCGGCAGCUGGCAGACGCUCCGCGACUUGGCUGCUCCGAAGAGCAAGGCGGCGCUGCCCUUCUGA